AUGCAACGUCUACUGUCACUUCCUCGUUCAACGGUGCUUUCAUAUCGAACUACACGAUUUUUGUCUGUCUACCGAUACAUUCACCGAGAUACCUCCACUCAACCAACUCAUGGCACGAAUGAGCAAGUUACACCUUCGGCUGUGCUUGAUUACUGGUCUGUCAUUAGGACGUACGUGAAAGAGCCGGGUUUCUUUUCGUUUAGCGUCAAUGGCUCAAAGCACACAGUCCCAGAUGCAACCCUUAUGCGCACACUCCUGCACAAAGCAACUACACGGGGGCAGGAAACUCAACGCGGCACAGGUGAUCUAUUACCGAGUGUAGUGACAGCCAAAUGCUGUGAAGCUUAUGGACGAUUGGACCAAGAUGGAAAAUCAGAUUUUUUCCAUAUUCUGGCUGAGGAGCUAGGCGUAGAUCGAGAAAGUGCAGCCAUUGCUGCUAAAGCAUACAUUACGGCCUGCCAACAAGGAUCAGGAUCAAUGAUUGCCUCAACAGAAAACAUACUUCGCCGGACUCUCGAGCCUCUACACAAUGUAUUUUUUGAUCAAGUCAGUCGCUUGCCAGGUGGUCUCAAGUUUCUCACAGAUAUGAGAGCCGAUUUACAUAAUGUGAUGAGCCAAGUAGAUAGAAGUAGCAAUUCAUAUCAAGUGCUUGGAGAGCUUGAAGUCAGCCUAAAACAGAAAUUGAAAAAUGGAAUGAUUGGGUUCCUAAAGCUGGAGCGUAUUACAUGGCAAACAUCGGCUGAAAUAUUAGAAAAGAUUUCUCGUUACGAAGCAGUACAUGCUGUAGCAGAUCUCAGUGAUAUGAAGAGACGUCUUGGGCCUGAUCGUCGUCUGUAUUCAUUUUUUCAUUCGAAUAUACCUAUGGAACCAUUGGUAUUUGUUCAGGUUGCUUUAGUACCUUCAAUGGCCUGUUCAAUACAGGCAAUUCUUCAAGAAGAUCUUCCAGAUGUCUGUGAUCCCAACAAUUUUAAAUGUGCUAUAUGCUACUCCAUCACUACUCAACGUGGUUUAGGUGGGGUUGAUUUAGGCAAUUUCUUGAUUAAGCGUGUGGUGAGAGAACUCAAGUCUGAAUAUCCUCAAAUCGAGACAUUUGCUACCCUCAGUCCCUUGCCUCGCUUCAGGCACUGGCUUAUGAAUCAAGGUUCCCAACAACCUGAUAUUGAGGAGCAAAUUCGUACCAAAAUUGGAUCAGAUUGGAGAGAGCGACUUGAGAAAUUUGAUGGAAAUAAUGACUCCUUGAAAGAUGUUUUGAUGCGAUUAUGUGCCAGAUAUGUUCUGGUUGAAAAACGCGGCGAAUUGGCACAAGAUCCUGUUGCUAAUUUCCACCUUCGUAAUGGUGCCUGUGCUCAUCAACUCCAUUGGAAAGCAGAUACUUCUGAUAAGGGUAUAGAUGAAUCCUUUGGGAUAAUGAUUAAUUACAAUUACUUGCCUGAGCACAUUGAAUUCAACAAUAAGCAAUAUCUGGCAGAUGGCAGUAUUUCAGUGAGUGAGCCCAGAAAUGACAGUUAUUUGUCUGAGUGGAUAGGAAAAGGUGUACAAAGAAUCCAGAUCCAAAAUUGAUGUUUAGAGUAGCAUUUAAUGUUUUGAUACAAUUUGAUAUACAACUAAAACUACAACUACACUACCAUACACAUACACAUACACACACACACACACACACAGAAACAUAUCCACACAUUUAUAUAUCUAUAUAUCUAUAUUAAUUCUCAAUCAACUCGUUCAAUGCGCCAACAACAUCUCCUUGUUUAUCACGAAGAGCCUUCUCAGCCUCUGCUUUGCUAACUUGCAUCUCAGCGACCAAAAAGUCAACAUCUUGCUUGUUGACAGGAGAAGAUACAUGCUUAGCAAGGGUCUUUUGCUUGUGUGCCUUGGCUGCCUCUUGAAUGAAUGCAAGUGACUUUGCAACUUUGUUGGAAUCAACUUGUUUGCUGGUCAGUUCUUCAUUGACAUAUCCAGUCACAUUCUUCAUGUCCUUGCUGGCUUCUCCCUUGACACCCUUUUCAACAGGUUCAUCUUCAUUGUCAUCGUCGGCCUUUGCAUCCGAGGCGCGUUCAGGGUCGGGAGAUCCCUUGGAAGAAGGGGUGUCUUUGCCAUUGACUGCCUUUGUAGCUGUGGUGGGUUUCUGGACUGCCAUUGAUAUUAUUAUUUAUAAUUUUUGUUAUUAAGAGU